UCGACUGUUUUUUGUUUGCAUCCUUCGCUUGUCCCAAAAAUCUCUGUCGUUUUCCGCAUAAACCAGCGUUCCUCUGAUAUUCCUGCUGAUACCACGGAUUACUAAACGUAACUAAGGCCGAUGGAUACCGCUUCGUACGAUGAGUUCGGCAACUACAUCGGUCCGGACCUGGAGAGCGACGAGGAAGAUGACCAGAGCGUGUACGGUCAGGCCGACCAGCAGGACGACGAGGAGGAUGACGAACCGCUGGAGGACGAUGGUCCCGAACCGGAGGAGGAACAGGACAAGCGCUCCAAGGCGAUAGUGCUGCACGAGGAUAAGCGCUACUAUCCGACCUCACUUGAGGUGUACGGCGAGGAGGUGGAAACGAUCGUGCAGGAAGAGGACGCUCAACCGCUGGACAAGCCGUUGAUAGAACCGGCUAAAAAGAUGAAAUUUCAACUGAAAGCCCAGGAACUACCGGAAACGACCUAUAAGAUGGAGUUCCUGUCCGAUCUGAUGGACACACCGACGCUGAUCCGGAAUGUUGCCCUCAUCGGUCAUCUGCACCACGGCAAGACCACUUUUGUCGAUUGUUUGGUACGCCAGACCCAUCCGCAGCUGCGCAACAUGGAGGAACGUAAUCUGCGGUACACGGACACGCUCUUCACCGAGCAGGAGCGCGGCGUUAGCAUCAAGGCGUCCCCGAUGACGCUCGUGCUGCCGGACGUGAAGGGUAAAAGCUUCCUCAUUAACGUGUUCGAUACGCCCGGACACGUGAACUUUUCCGACGAGGUAACCGCAUCGAUGCGGCUCUGUGACGGCGUGGUGCUGUUCGUCGAUGUGGCCGAGGGAGUUUCGCUUAACACCGAGCGGUUGCUGAAGCAUGCCAUACAGGAGAAGUUGGCACUGACCGUGUGUAUCAAUAAGAUCGAUCGGCUCAUCCUCGAGCUGAAGCUGCCACCUCAGGAUGCGUAUUUCAAGCUGCGCCACAUUGUUGAGGAGAUCAAUGGUCUGCUGGCUCUGCACGGUGAUUCGACAGUUAAACCCGUUUCGCCCGUGCACGGAAACGUUUGCUUUGCCAGCUCACUGUACGGCAUUUGCUUCACGUUGAAAUCCUUCGCCCGCCUGUACGCCGACACGUACGAGGGUGUGAACAUUAACGAGUUCGCCAAACGGCUCUGGGGUGACAUGUACUUUCACAGCAAAUCACGCAAGUUCACAAGGAAACCACCACACAGCUCGGCACAGCGUAGCUUCGUCGAGUUUGUGCUUGAGCCGCUGUACAAGCUGUUCGCGCAAGUGGUCGGUGAUGUGGACACGACACUAGCGGAUACGCUGGCCGAGCUAAACAUUCCGGUGACGAGCGAGGAAAUGAAAUGUAACAUCCGGCCGCUGCUGCGAACCGUUUGCAAUCGGUUCGUCGGUGAUUUCUGCGGAUUCGUGCAGAUGUGUGUCGAGCAUGUGCGAUCACCGCUGGACAAUGCGCAGUGCAAGAUCGACCACAUCUACACCGGUGUGCGCGAAAGCGGCAUCUAUCAGGACAUGCUGAACUGCGAUGCGAACGCACAGCUGAUGGUGCACAGCUCGAAGAUGUAUCCGACCGAGGACUGUACCUUCUUCCAGGUGCUGGGGCGCGUCAUGAGCGGUACACUGCACGCCGGCCAGGAGGUUCGCGUGCUGGGCGAAAAUUAUUCGCUGCUGGACGAGGAAGAUAGCCGGGUGCUGCAGGUGGGCCGAUUGUGGAUCUACGAGGCGCGGUACAAGAUUGAGUUGAACCGCGUACCGGCUGGUAACUGGGUGCUGAUCGAGGGCAUCGAUCAGUGCAUCGUGAAGACGGCCACCAUCACCGAUGUGCAGAUGGCGGAGGACGUGUUCAUCUUUCGACCGCUGAAAUUUAACACGCAGAGUGUGAUCAAGAUCGCGGUGGAACCGGUGAACCCAUCCGAACUGCCCAAAAUGCUCGAUGGGUUGCGCAAGGUUAACAAAUCCUAUCCGCUGUUAUCGACGCGCGUUGAGGAGUCGGGUGAGCACGUGAUACUGGGUACGGGUGAGCUGUAUCUGGACUGUGUGAUGCACGAUCUGCGCAAAAUGUACUCGGAGAUCGACAUUAAGGUGGCGGAUCCGGUCGUGGCGUUCUGCGAGAGCGUCGUGGAAACGUCUUCGCUCAAAUGUUUCGCCGAAACGCCGAACAAGAAGAACAAAAUCACGAUGAUUGCGGAACCACUCGAGAAGGGACUGGCGGAGGACAUCGAGAAUGGUACGGUUUCGAUCGGUUGGAACAAGAAGAAGCUGGGCGAGUUCUUUCAGGUCAACUACCAAUGGGAUCUGCUGGCGGCACGCUCGAUCUGGGCGUUCGGACCGGAUAAUACCGGGCCUAACAUUCUGGUUGACGACACGCUCCCGUUCGAGGUGGACAAGACGCUACUCGGUGCAGUGAAAGACUCGAUCGUGCAGGGAUUCCAGUGGGGUACGCGCGAAGGACCACUUUGUGAAGAACCGAUUCGGAAUGUCAAGUUCAAGAUACUGGAUGCAGUGAUCGCACCGGAACCGUUGCAUCGUGGCGGAGGUCAAAUCAUUCCGACUGCACGACGCGUCGCUUAUUCGGCCUUCCUAAUGGCCACGCCACGGCUCAUGGAACCGUACCUGUUCGUGGAAGUGCAGGCACCGGCCGAUUGUGUCUCGUCGGUCUACACAGUCCUAGCGCGACGCCGUGGCCACGUGACACAGGACGCACCGGUACCGGGUUCCCCGCUCUAUCUCAUCAAAGCAUUCAUACCGGCGAUCGAUUCGUUUGGUUUCGAGACCGAUCUACGGACACACACGCAGGGGCAGGCGUUCUGCCUGUCCGUCUUUCACCACUGGCAGAUCGUACCGGGCGAUCCGCUCGAUAAGAGCAUCAUCAUUCGACCACUGGAACCGCAACCGGCAACGCAUCUAGCGCGUGAGUUCAUGAUCAAAACGCGCCGCCGGAAGGGUCUCUCGGAGGACGUUUCGAUCAACAAAUUCUUCGAUGAUCCUAUGCUGCUCGAGCUCGCACGCCAGGACGUGUUGCUCAACUAUCCGAUCUAAGCUAAGAAGGCUAAGAAGCACCGCUCACCGGUCAAAGGAGGCGCAGCAACCAUUUCUAGCGAUAUUUGUAAGCAUCCAGCAUCCGCUC